AUGGCAAACGGCGCCAACCUCCGGACCCUCGUCUCAGAGCUUCACAACGCUCUCAAUCGGAAACAGUUCGAUGCUGCCAACGACCUUCUCAGUCGCGCAAAGCGGACCCUCCUGCUGCAGAAUGCCCUCAUCCCCACAUCGUCGACAUCGCCGGAGCUGAUUGCCCUUGCCCGGGAGGUGCUAGAGCUCGGCGCUCUGUCCUCCAUCCGCCAAACCGACGCACCCUCUUUCACACGUUACUACCAGCAGCUGCAGCCUUUCUACGACCUGGAGCGAGAUAGCGCCAAUGCAGGAAAGGUGGACUUCAAGACCAGCCAACGCAGCAAGAUCACGGGGCUAUACCUUCUGCUGUUGCUGAGCAUGGGCGACAGCACGAGCUUCCACACCGUCUUGGAGGGUCUCGUUGAGGAGGCGAGUUUGAAGGGGAAGAGCAUUGAGGAUGACCCAUGCAUUAAGUACCCGGUGGAGCUGGAGCGAAACUUGAUGGAGGGCAGCUACGAUAAGGUGUGGAGAGAGACCAAGUCCGAGCGAGUCCCUUCAGAGGAUUUCGGCUUGUUCUCGAAUGUCCUGGUUGGAACCAUCCGUAGUGAAAUCGCCGACUGCUCCGAGAAGGCGUAUCCCUCGCUCCCCAUCUCCAACGCCAAGAACCUUCUGUUCCUCGAGUCGGAGGGGGCGGUCAUUGAGUUCGCCCAGCAGCGCGGAUGGGUGCUUCGUGACGGACGGAUAUACUUCCCUGUUGAGCCAGAGGCCGCGGCGCGGUCCGAAAAGGACAUCCUGGUGGCCAGCACCGCAAUCAUCGAGAACGCGAUCGGCUACGCUCGCGAACUCGAGACGAUUGUUUAA